CCGCCCGACGCGCUGGUGUCGCCGCCGCAAGAGGAAGUGCAGUGACUGAGCGUUGCUUUUUGUUAACAAAAUUUCAAAAUUGGAAUAACGCUGUUUACUUUUUUUUUAUUCAUUAUUUGCGACCAGCUUCAAAACAGUUUGUGUGAUUUAAGUGUCACGUAGCAGAAAUUAAGCAUAGAGAGUGUCAACACUUUCGCCCGUAUUGCACGCGCCAAAUAUUCUCACGGUGAAACCGUGCGAAGAAAAGUACCGGGAAAAUGCUCUUUAUUACAAUAAACAAAAGGAUUCGUUGCGGUAGAUGAACGAUGUCGCCAGGGAUGCGUUUCUCCGCAAGGAGUGCUAAAACACCACCAAGAGUGAGAUUAAAACCGGCUAUAUGUGCCAUAUCCGUAAUUUGGCUAAUGAUCUGUGUAGAAGUCAUAUCAGCAAACAGACCACCACGGUUUCUUAUAGACGGACGUUCAGAAAUCGUGAUCAGAUUAAAAGAAGGUCCAGAUACACCAGUUGGAAGUUUAAUUUACCGAUUAAGAGGCGUUGACUCCGAUGGAGAUACUCUGCGAUUUGGUAUAAGAGAGCAAGUCGGAAGUGAUAUAUUAAGAAUAGAAGCCAUUUCGUCCAACGAAGCUAAUAUAUAUUUAGUUAAGGAAUUAGAUAGAGAGAUUCGCGAUGAAUACUCAUUUGUAUUAACCCUGACUGAUGGUCAUUUGGGGGAAGGUAAUUAUAUAACCCAAAGUUUUUUGCUACUAGUAGAGGACGUCAAUGACAACGAACCUAUAUUUAAACCGUAUCCUCCGGCUAUCACUGUGAAGGAAGAUGCAUUACCUGGAGUAUUGCUUACUGUUGAAGCAACUGAUCUUGAUGAGGGUGCAUAUGGCCAAGUUCUAUACAAUUUACAAGAACUAGAUGGCGAUGUAGACAACUUUGCCAUUCAAACUGUAAACGGGAAGGGAGUUAUACGACUAACAAAUCGGCUAGACUACGAGCGGAAAUCCCUUUACCAAUUGCGGGUUCUGGCUAUAGAUAGAGCAAACCAGGGCCGUGUUAAUACUGGAACUGCUGCUAUCUUAGUAAAAGUGCAGGAUGUUGAAGACCAACCUCCAGAGUUUGUGGUCGCGAGCCCAGUUACCAGAAUCAGUGAAGAUGCGCCGGUUGGGACGUCUGUUUUACAAGUCAGGGCAAUUGAUGGUGAUAGAGGCAUCAACAACAGAAUCUCCUAUAGCAUUAUAUCUGGUGGAGAGGAACACUUUGAUAUUGACAGCAGUUCUGGGGUAGUGUACACCAUCAGUCCUAUAGACAGAGAAGACCCUAAUAAUAGCAAUGGAGCCUACAUACUAGAGAUAUUGGCCACAGAGGAAUCUCAUAUGGUAUCACCACUGCCGAGUGCUACAACUGAGGUGACUGUCAUUAUAACCGAUGUGAAUGAUGAAAAACCGAAGUUUAAAAGCAAUAGAUAUGUAGGAGAAAUCAUAGAAAAUGCCCAACAAAACACACCAAUAACCUUCCUACAGGAUGGUGUGCCGGAAGUAUUCGACUAUGAUCAGGGUAAAAAUGGGACUUUUGAAUUAUACUUAGUAGGUGACAAUGGUGUUUUUGAUGUCACACCUUUUAAGGGUAUAAAUGAGGCAUCAUUUUUAAUAAGGGUCAAUGAUCCAUCUUUCUUAGAUUACGAAAAGGUUACUGUAAUGAAUUUCAGCUUGGUUGCCAAAGAGAUUGUUACCAAAGAACCAAAAAUGAGUAUAGUGCCGAUAAUGGUUCAUAUAAAGGAUGAAAAUGACAACUUCCCGGAGUUCACGGAGACCGUUUACACUGUGUCAAUUCUUGAGAACUGUGCUGUUGGUACAACAGUGGCUUGGAUUCAAGCAACCGAUUCCGAUUCAGAUAGCUAUGGAACUAGAGGCAUCAGAUACACCGGCCUGACUGGCAGUGUUGCACAUUUGUUACAUUUGAAUCCAAUAUCUGGUGUGAUAACAGUGAAGCAGGCCGGCGAUGACAGUUUUGAUAGGGAACUAGUGUCAAGACAUUAUGUGACUGUUGAGGCAAGGGAUGAUCAGGGCAAAGGAAACAGAAACACAGCACAAUUAAUAAUAAAUAUAGAAGAUGUGAAUGACAACGCUCCAAUGUUCCUCGCUAAUAAAUAUGAGGCAAGGUUGCUGGAGAACUCCUUGGACUUUGAAAAUCCGCUUGUAUUGGAAGCAAGAGAUUUAGAUUUGAACGGAACAAAAAAUAGUCACAUAGAAUAUUCUAUAGUCGGUGGUGAUUACAAAAACAAUUUCUCAAUAGAUCCAAAUCUAGGUAUAAUAAUACCAAUCGGCGGGAUUGACUUCGAACAAAUCGCGGGUGACAACACUAAUAUAAGGCCCAUACAUUUGACGGUCCAAGCUCGUGACUUCGGCUCCCCUCCAUUAUCGUCCACAGUUCCCGUGACGGUGUAUGUGGCGGACGUGAACGACCACGCCCCCUCGUUCACACAGACGGUGUACAAGCGGGCCAUCCCGGAGGAUAUGCCGGGGGGAACUAGUGUUAUAGAGGUCAAAGCCCGCGAUUCAGACGGCUCGUCUCCCAACAAUCGUGUGGUGUAUCGUAUACAACGCGGCGCCAGCGACAAGUUUGUUAUAGACUCCUUCUCGGGCCUGAUCUCCGUGGCUGCCGGAGCCAAUCUGGACCCGGACCGGACCGAGCCCACCACUAACAGAUAUGUACUCACUGUGGUAGCUUUAGAUGGUGGCAUAGGAGACCAACAGCUGAGCGCGUCUGUCAUUGUAAAUAUAACGAUAGUGGAUGUUAACAACAAACCACCAGUAUUAGUUGAACCCGGAGUCGUACACGUCAUGGAAAACACACAGGUGGGUACAGUAAUAUAUCGGGCCCACGCAUACGAUCUCGACGAACAACCAGUGUUGAGAUUUUCCAUAGACAAGGAAUUAAGUUCCGGACGAAAUGAGGAUGGCGUCCCGGUGACUAUCAACGACUACGACUAUAUAGGGAUAUGGGAUCUGAACACUAUCGACGGCACCCUGAGGAUUGUUAGAUCUUUGGACAGAGAGAAAGUGGAAAUUAUAAAACUGGUGAUCACAGUCGAGGAUAUGGCGGCCAUGAGUAACGGACCAGUGCAGAGAGCUUCCGCUAUACUGACGGUUAUAGUACAAGAUGAGAAUGACAACAACCCCAAAUACAGGAAACCAUUCUACAAGACCUCCAUCACAGAGAACUCUAAGAACGGCGUCCAUAUUGAAACUGUCAUAGCGGACGACGCCGACAGGAACAGAACUAUGACGUAUAUGUUGGAAGGUCCGGAGGAGAUAUUAGGGCUGAUACACAUGGAGAGUUCUACGGGGGAAGUGGUGGUAGCCAACAGAAUAGACCACGAGCUACAGCCUUGGAUCAAUGUGACCGUCAAGGCUACGGACAGCGGAACGCCGCCCAGAUCCGCGGCGGUGGAGCUGGUGAUACAGGUAUUGGAUGAAAACGACAACAAUCCUAUAUUCGAGCCUUCGUCUUUCGAAUACAGAGUAAGAGAGGACAUAGAGCCCGGCAGUACUGUAGCCGAUAUUGUAGCGAGAGAUGCUGACUCGGGCGAAUAUGGAAAGAUUACGUACUUACUGGACAGAGUCUCUACACAGGGCAAGUUCCUAAUAAACCCGGAAACUGGGGCGCUGAAGGUGUCCGAUUAUCUGGAUCGAGAGACGCAAGCGAGUUACAACCUGGUGGUAGAGGCCUGGGAUAACUAUCAGUUCGGAUACCUCAGCGGGGAGAGUCGCAACGCGUUCAAACAGAUCGUUAUCCACGUAGAGGACGUGAACGACAACCCGCCCGUCCUCACCCUGCCUACAGGCUGCACGACUAUAUCCGAGUUCCACAACCACCGCGAGCCGAUACUGUCGGUGACGGCGAGCGACGCAGACGACACCGCCACGCCCAACGGACGAGUACAAUUCCAUCUGGUGGGGGGAAAGGGACACGAUCUGUUCCGUUUCGAGCAAGUCGGCGGCGACGCUAACACCGGCCGUCUGUACGCGAAGCAACCGCUGCAGGAUCGCUUCGGCAACUACACCUUCAUCAUAGAGGCCAGGGAUCUCGGCCUACCCUCCAACGUCGUCAGAGACGAAUUGAAUCUGUGUGUCACAGAUUACAACGAUCACGCGCCAGUGUUCGUACAUCCGCCACAGAAUGUCACCAUUAAAGUGCCGGAAAAUGCAACAAUAGGCACAACAGUGGUCGAAGUGAAGGCUAUAGACGCUGACAUCGGGCCCAAUGGCGCAGUCCGCUAUAGACUGCGACACGACGCUCGCGGCUCAUACAGGACCUUCACUAUACAUCCCACCAGCGGAGCCCUACGGACCACCGGAGCGCUAGACAGAGACAAACAAACAACCUACCAGCUGAGAAUAGAAGCCUACGACCUCGGCCUGCCAACUCCUCUCAGCUCCGACUUGGAUCUUACAAUUUACGUCCAAAACGUGGACAACUAUAAGCCGAGGUUCCCCGACAGACGGCUGCAUUUAAAUAUAACGGAAAAUGAAGAAUUCUCUACGACGCUACCGAGAGUGCUGGAGAGAGACGAGAUCGACCGCGGCGACGAGCCCAUGCUGCCCGUGUGUUACUACAUCGUGCACGGAAAUGAUGAAGGCUUGUUUGAACUCGACAGGGCUACGUACAGAUUCAAAUCAAAACCGUUAGACAGAGAACAAAAAGAUAAGUACUUGAUAACGGUUCUAGCAACAGAGGACUGUGUACGGCCAGACUAUGAAGCUAAUGGGGACGCAAGUACACUACAGAUAUACAUUAAUAUACAGGAUGUGAACGAUAACGCGCCUCAGUUCAUCAGCAAAAUGUUCACUGGUGGGAUCACAACAGAAGCAGACUUUGGAAUUGAGUUUAUGCAUGUCAAGGCCAUAGACCAAGACGAUGGUGUGAACGCUAAGAUAAACUAUUAUCUUCUUGGAGAGGUCAAGGAGACCCUAACUGAGGGUCUGGAAAAUUUGGCGGUGUCACCUUUCCUGGUAGACGUCGACACGGGAGCUGUGACCUUGAACUUUGACCCUCAGAAGGGAAUGAAGGGCUACUUCGACUUCAAGGUAUUAGCGAACGACACAGACGGUUUGCAGGACGAGGCUCACGUCUUCAUAUAUCUGCUCCGCGAGGAUCAAAGGGUGCGUUUCGUUUUACGUUCCCAUCCUUCGGAGAUACGUGAUAAAAUAAACAUAUUCAGAGAGAGGUUGGCGCGUGUAACGGAAUCCGUGGUCAAUAUAGACGACUUGAGGGUGCAUGAAAAUAAAGACGGGUCCGUAGACAACACCAAGACGGAUCUGUACCUGCACCUGGUGAACAGCGGCGACCACUCGGUGCUGGAAGUGGAGCAAGUCCUCAAGAUAGUGGACAAGAACAUCGAACACCUGGACGACCUGUUCAAAGAGUUCAACGUCCUGGACACCCAGCCGGCGGAGUACCAGCCCUUGACGGCUGACACGCUGUCGUCCCAGCAGGCCGUGUUCUGGCUGGUGUGGACCGCCGGCAUACUGAGCGCGUUGCUGGCGGUCACCGUCAUCAUGUGUCUCUCGCAGAGAGCUGACUUCACCAGGAGACUGAGGGCCGCCACCACCGCCUACUCUUCCCAAACGUCGGGCGAAGCUGACAUGACGAUACGAAGUUCGGGAGGUAGAGUCCCGAAUACAAACAAACACAGCACCAAGGGCUCCAACCCUAUUUGGCUACACGCGUACGAAAACGACUGGUACAAGACAGACGAUCAAAUGAGUCACUCGGAACGAGACUCGCUGGACGAGAACGCCGUCGACCAGGACCUCAGCAACGACAAGCCGUACUUCAUAACGACCUACCCGAGUGGGGACCAGGACCUGGACAACCACAACGACCUGGACCACCGAGGAUACGACUUCUACCAGCAGCUGGAACAGGUGAAGAACGCCAAGAACAUGGAGACCACGGAACUGUAACACUUUACCGACCGACGUGCCUUCAUCAUGAACUAUUCACUUUAACUCUCCCAUACUAAGAUUGGGAGAGGGACACACCGUCUCUAUAUCUGCUUGAUAGAUGAGACAACGUCCAUACUAACAUAGUACCAACGCUCUCAUAUUUGCAUAAGAUUUUUAUAUAUAUUGCGUGUUUGUAUAAAAUGUUAUAAUUUUUUUUUUAUAUAAUUUAUAAUAUAUCCAACUAUUGUGUGA